GUUGCUAGGUAACCAGCUCUCACCUCCCCAACACAUUAUCCUGAGGUGCUGAUUCUUUGCCUCCAGCCAUCUUUCCUAGAGUCUCUCAGACACACCCUCUGUGGACCCUGAAAAGCAAGAGGAAGCGAUAAGAGAGAGCCCAACCACCACCCCUGAGCCACCUGUGGCUCUACCACCCACUGUUUCACUGUAAAGUGUCAGCUGCCUGGGCCAUUAAUUAGGUCACUGCCACCAUGAGCCUGGGUAUCAUGGAGGAGGAAGAUUUGGCUGAGUACUUCCGGCUGCAGUAUGGGGAGCGGCUGCUACAACUGCUGCAGAAAUUCCCCAACAUUGAGGAGCAGCCAGAGUCCCCAUCCAUCCGGCUACUGGAGAAGAGAAAGGAGGUCAAGGUCAUGCACCAUGCUAUGCUGCAGAAGAAGGAGACAUUUCAGCGCAGAAUGGAAACCCUGAACCUGCGCUGGGAGGAACUGGGCAUCAAGGAGGCCCAGCUGAAGGCCCACAUUCAGAAGUUUGAGCAAUUCAUCCAGGAGAACGACCAGAAACGAAUCCGAGCCCUGAAGAAAGCCAACAAGGAGCGAGAACUCAAGAGGCAGCGCAUGCAGGAGCUGGCCAAGGCCAAGCAGGAGAUGGCGGCCCUGAAGCUGGAGCACCAGCGGCUGAGCAGCAAGCUGCAGGACUACUCCAUCUUCAACAAGUACCUGGAGAAGGUGGUGGAGAACUCCGAGUUCGAAGAGAUCCACGAGGUGAUGGCACGCUACAAGACUCUGGUGAGCAUGCACUAUGACCUCAUGCAGUCAGCACAGGAGGGCCAGGAGAAGAUCGAGCGUGCCAAGGCGCGGCUGGCGCACUACAUGGAGGAGAAGGACGAUGAGAUCCUGCAGCACAACAACGAGCUUGCGCGUCUGCAGAUGCGCUUAGACCGCGCCCGCAGUGAUGUCAUCAUCUGGGAAUCUCGCUGGGCACACAUCCAGAACACCGCUGCCAAGAAGACCCUCUUGCUUGGCACCAUUAAGAUGGCAACACUGAACCUCUUCCAGAUUGUGAGCAAGCAGCUGAAGGAGACGACAUAUGUGUCCCUGGAGGACACUCACACACAGCUGGACAUGAUCCAGCAGUUUAUCCAGGACCUGUCGUACCUCUGGGCAGAGGUGAAGAAGAAGGACCAACAGCAGAUCCGGUUUUAAGGAGCAGCUGAUUCCAUAAUGUUCUGAGACAGAGACAAAGAGAAUAAGUUCCUGGUGAACUUGCAGUCCAAUUAGGCAAGUCGAGCCC